GAGGCGAGGGCUGCGCUCCCGGGCGCGGCGGGGCGCGAUGCGGCGGGCGGGCCGCCGGCUGCCUGCCUUGGCGGCUCUCUCCUACGGCGUGCUAGCCGCGCUGGUGCUGCUGGGCGUGCGGGACGUGCUCUUCCUCUACGAGGAGAACCGGUGCAGCAUGACCUACAUGUACGAGUACCCCGAGUAUCUGAAAAUAAAAUUACCAAAGAAAACAGCCAGACGAUACCCAGCGUAUGAGCUCUAUCUGUAUGGGGAAGGGAACUAUGCUGAAGAAAACAAAAAUCUCCUGUUGACAGGAAUUCCGGUUCUCUUUCUUCCUGGGAAUGCUGGCAGCUACAAACAAGUACGUUCUCUUGGCUCCAUUGCCCUUAGAAAAGCAGAAGAUGUUGACUUCAAGUAUCAUUUUAAUUUCUUCAGUGUCAACUUUAAUGAGGAGUUGGUUGCAUUGUAUGGUGGUAGUCUGCAACGACAGACCAAGUUUGUGCAUGAAUGCAUAAAAGUAAUUCUUAAGUUGUACAGGGGUCGAGAAUUUGCACCAACCAGUGUUGCAAUAGUAGGUCAUUCCAUGGGUGGUCUUGUUGCAAGAGCAUUGCUUACUCUGAAGAAUUUUAAGCCUGAACUUAUAAACCUUCUCAUUACACAAGCCACACCUCAUGUUGCACCUGUGAUGCCUUUAGACAAAUAUCUUACUGAUUUUUAUACAGCUGUAAACAAUCAUUGGAUUCUAAAGGCCCAAGAUUUAAGAAAUUUAACUACCCUUUCUGUGGCGGGAGGAUUCAGAGAUUACCAAGUUCGUUCAGGACUGACUUUUCUACCAAGAUUGAGUCAACAUGACAGUGCCUUAUCUGUUGUGAGCUCGGCUGUGCCUAGAGUUUGGGCCUCAACAGACCAUCUCUCCAUAGUGUGGUGCAAAGAAUUGAUUUUGGCCACAAUUAGAGUUCUUUUUGAUCUCAUAGAUGAAAACACAAGGCAGAUAACUGAGGAUCCAAAGAAGAGAAUGUCUGUAUUGAAUCACCACUUUGUGAGACACCCUGCAAAGAUAUUUGAGGAAAAUCCUGAAGCUUUUACAGAACUCACAGGAGCUUUCAUGUGGAUUACAGUCAAAGCCUCAAAAUGGACUUACUCAGUUUACAAUGAUUCUGAUGGAAAAUAUUUCGCUUUUCCUCUUGCAAGCCACAGGAAAUCGUACAGUCAUGUUUACUGUGAAAGCAAUAUGUUGGAUACAAGUAGCUGGAUUUAUGGCUGUAUGAACAGUAAUUCAUCAGUGUGCCUGAAAGCUACUGAUUUAUCCUGGAGAGCUGAGUUACUGCCAACCACCAAGGUUGUAAUCCUGAAACUUCAGGACUAUCCUUCUUUGUCCCAUGUGGUCAUUCAGGUACCACCUGCAGCUGGCAAUAAGUAUACUUUGGACUGUGAAUUCUUCAAAGAGGACUUGAGAACAGUGCAGCUUCCUGUAACACAUCUUUUUUCAUUUGGGCUUUCUUCAAGCAAAAUUCUGUUAAAUUCAACUGGCUUACUUUACAAAGUACAGCUCCAGCACUUCAACCAAAUAUAUCAAGCUUUCAAAAUUUAUAUAGAGAGCCACUGCCCAUCACUCAAAGAAAGAAAACCUAGUGUUUACAGACUUCAUAUACCCUGGUCACAUGAAGACUCAAUAAUUGUAGCAAAAGUUCCAUCUUUUACUGAAAUUCCUGCAAAACUGCAUAUUGCUCAGCCUCAAAACAACAACAGGACUCCAGAGUUAAAUAUUUACUCUUCCUCAGACUGUCAGUAUGAAGUAAUUCUGAAGACAUCACUUCUACAGAUUCUUGGGCAAAUAAUAAGGUUCCAUGCUGGCACUCUUCCAGUCUAUGUUGUUUCUAACAUUCUUCUUACUUAUGGAGGACAAUUGAGCACAUUGAUAUCAACAGGCCAGUGUUCAGAAUUUUCCCUUGAGCUAGUGAGGACAGCUAGACCCUACAAAGUAGAACCUCUUAUAAGCAUCAUUGUGUUUCUGCAGGGGUGUCACUGGUUCAGAGUGAUCUGGGAAUCACUGUCGCUACCAGAGGUGGAUGCUGCUGUGCUGACUAGUCAGGAUGCAUGGUUCCCUCUUGUGUCCCUGAUUCUGUUUCUUUUUGGGACAGGCAUUGCCUACUGGAGUGGAGUAUUUUUCUCUGCAUCUCUGAAACUGUUAGCUUCUUUGUGGUUACGUCUGAUUAGACCUAAUGUACUUCAAAAAGAAAACAAGUUGAUUACACCCGGAAGACUCUGCGAGGUAUUAUCCCUUGCUUUGGUUAGCUGGACAACUUGUGGUGCAUUUGCUCUACUCAUUAUUUAUCUUCAAUACUUGUUUAAGGUUAUAAAAUUACAUGUGGAUGUAAGAGCAGAACAAAACAUGCUUAAUGGGGAUUCAGACAGCUCAAAAGAAACUUCACAGAACUCUACUAUACAUGCAGUCAAAAAGCAGAGUUCAAUGGACAGUACCUCAGAAGCAAUGCAGUCUCUUUCCAAGAGUACAACAAUUUCUGAAGCCAUUAACAGUCUUAAGAUGCAUGUUACAGUCCUCAAUAUAUUCACAUGGAUUGUGCUGCUCAGCUUGCCAUCUUUAAUUUAUUGGUUAAAAAAUCUCAGGUACGUUAGACUUGAUCCUGAUCCAUGUAGAUCUACAGCUGUUAUCCUUGUAUGCAUUUUAGAAAUUCUCAUGAAUUCAAGUACUUCUGAACUGAAAUCAAGUAAACUCUUGAAGAUCACAGCCAAAGUUCCACUCCCUUUGUCUGUUGCAAUGUUGGCUUUUGGACGAAUGCAUUUAUACAAAGUACUACACUUUGUAACCUUUUCUCUUCUUCUACAUGUGCUAUGUUGUAUUGUGUAACAUUCCUUAUACAUAGAAAUAACUGUGCAGUCUAGAAAUUUAAUGCUGGAGAUGGGGCAAAUUUCAAGAAGGAAAUGCCUAGAUGAAUGUCAUCAGUAGUUUACAUUUUGUGGGAAAGAGGUCAGAACUGUGAAUACUUUAUGAAAUGUUCACUGUUCUGUUCAUGUUGCUUGCGAAGACUUACAUGGUGUUUAUUUCCAGACUGUGAAAAUUAGGUGAAUUAACUGUGUGUGUAAGGACAUAAAUCAUAUUAGUGUAACCUCUCAAUACUCUGUUUGCCUUGUAGACACUUUGAUAUUUCACUGUACUUCUUUGCUGAGACAGACUUUUCUGACUUGCUAUGCCAUUCAGUGCGUGUGUUCUGAACUUGCAUCUUCUGCAGGUCUGAAUUAUGCUGGUUAAAACUCAGUACAUUUCAAGCACACUGUGACUAUCACAAAAACUACACAGCCAAGUAUACUUUUAAUCAUUUUGUGUCACACUUAAAAGCUGCCACAGUUAUGUCUAGAAAAACUAGAAUGUACUGCUUCUAUAGAGCUAUUAUUUCUAUCAAAUCAUUUGUUCAAUCAGUGCGAGUUGAACAUCUGUGAGAUUAUUGAAAGUCUUACACAUUUUACUUUUUGUGAGAGUGAGAAAACAACAAUAUUCUGUGUAGCUUUCUAUUCAGGAAGGAUGCCAGCAGAUUCAUAAACAAUUUGCUAUAAUGUUGUUUUAAAACAUUGCCAGUUUUCUCUAGAAUUUUGUCAAUUCUGAAAUUACUCCCUGGACCUUGUCCAUAUGUAGAAGCUAGCAAAUGUUGAGGUAUGUUUUAGUUUACAGUGCAAUUGCUGUACCACACUGUUUCCAAGUAGACAGGACAGGUGUUUUUCCUGUUGUAAUUGGAGAAUCAAGUGUCUCAUAAAAAAUGACCAUGCAUGAAAUUAAUAUGAAAUAGUUACAACAUGCAGUGUUGCCCUGUCAUGCAGUGCUAGCUUCCUCAUGUGGACAAGCUCUUAGUAAUAGUGGGAAAUACUGAUCAUAAUUGUUAGCUCUGUAUAAAGUAUUAUCUUAGUGCCUAGAUGCUACAGAGACUGCCAUUUAUGACAAAGCCUAAAAUAGCUAUGUGUAAGGUAUUCUGUCCCCUGGGUAUGUGUCUUGCCAACACAGGAAAUCUCAGUAGCCAUUAGGUUAAACUGAUGUAUUGAUUCUGUGUAGAGAUGAGCCUACUACUUGCUUCUGUUAGCUGUCUCCACUCAGUCCGAGAUACCUGUUAUCUUCAUGUGGAAGUACUAGACCAGUUCAGUCAUCUUAUAUGAACAAUAAGAGGAAAUCUGCUGCCCUUAGUCGAUCAAGUAUAUUCUUGAUAUAGUAGUGCAACCAGCCUGACCCAUUAAUUUUAUUGAAUCUCAUUAAUCUUGCCUAAAGUGCCUCAGUUAGUUCUAGUGUGUCAUUUGGAUCAAUUAAUUUGAGCUGGCUGGAAAGACAUAAUUCCACAGUGACUUUUCCAAAAUGAAGGACAUGUGAAGUAACCAUGGGUUUUGUCCACUUAUGUCCAAGUCAGCAGUUCAAGUUACCAGUAAGUCAUUAAAAUUGCAUUAAGUGAUUAAGACUUUUGUAGUUAACCAAACCACUGUCACUGUAAUCAGUAAUUUAUGUGCUGGUAUUCUAGUCUUAAAGGUUAAAUUAUACUUAGUGUUAGUAAAUCAGACAUGUUAUUUGAAUAGAUUAUAUCUUGAUACUUUCUAAUAAAAGUUACGCUACAGUAUAUGUUUAUAAGAGAAUUUGUGUGUCUAAAUAUACUUGUAGCUAAAUCCACCAGCUGGAUUAACCUAAAAAUGGCUAUUCAGACAUAGAAUAGAGGGGUUUUUCUAGUUUCAAAUGGCUGUGAAUGAAAGAUGGUGGCAGAACUGCACUGGGGCUGGUAAAAUGCCAUCUGUGGAAUGUGCAAGAUCUGAUUUCUGUGGAAGAUAAUUUUCCUUGGCCUUCACAGUCCUUUUGGUUUACUACUUACUGUACUUGUGAUUUUGUUGUUUUGACAUCUUAAUGGGCUCUUUAGACAUGAAUCCCUUUGUUGGAGCUGUUGGUGGAGUAAAAUAAUAAUCAGAAUAAUGAGAGCAGUCUCCGCACGUGUUAGCUUUGAUAACUUCCAAAAUGUGCCACUCCAGGAAAUUUACUGAAUUACAGCACCAUUAUUUUAAUUGAGUGAUAUUUUUAGAGCUGGGAAUUCUACUGAUAGUUAUAUCACUCUUCAUGAAAUGGGUUACAGAAUCUUGCAUAGAUUCUUACCUGAUUUUCAGGUUGGAGGUAGGAAUAAUUUAAUUCUGAAUUGAAGAUCCCAGAUGACAGAAUUCAUUACAUCUGCUGCUUUCAGAGAUGGUUUGCCUUCACUGGGGGAAGGAGGGAGUGUCUUAUACUUUGGAUUUGUAUGCAUUCUGUGUCAUGUGCUAGAUGAAAACUGUUCUCAGAGAUGUGCGUCUGGAUUUUGCAGUGAUUGUGGACCCUGUAACUUCAGCUGUUUGAGGGAAUAGAUGUGUAAUCCCUACUAGAUUUUGUAUAAAAUCAGCGGAGGGUGAUAGAAUAAGUCCACAAAGCAAUUUAUCCCAUUCUAAGAGAGCAUGAAUUACCCUACUUGCCAUUCAAAAAAAGUCAAGAUUUCAUAACAGUCUAACCUUUUUUUUCAGGUAAGAUAUAAUGAUUGUUAUUAAUGUUAGAGAAGAGGCUUCUGAUAUUUGAAUCUCUAGUUCUGCCACUGUUCACAGUUAUUAUCUCAGCAGAAACAUAAGCUAACCCAAGAAAAAUACUUCUCAUUGCUUGUAUGAGUAAGUGUAAAUAUUACUGAAGCACCCUUCAGUAUGAGUAGGCUGCAUUUAUAAAACAACUUUUGGCAAAUGCAUUGUAAUGUCUCUUAGUACCUUUAACUGAACUAAAUUCCGGUUUAUUCUUCAAAUUUUAGAUUAUCUAGUCUGUGUGGGAGAAGAGCAAGACAUAAAUUACCUUGUAAUGGACCAGAUCUCUGCUCUAUAACAGAAUAUUUCUAUUAACAUGCAGAGCCAAAUUCUGUUACCUCCUUUUUCAGAAGGUGAGGUAUUAAUUUUGCAAAACCACUGUUCUUCAUCCAUGUGAAUGUUUACUGCAUUUAGAUGGAGAUUAUGCCAGAUAAUCAAGCAUUUAGGUUGAGAUUAAGCCACCAUUUUUUGGCUUGUGCCUUAGGAUGCAUUCAAAAUAAGAACUAUUUGUGUGGCAUUUUCCUAGUAUCUUUUAUAAGCUAUCGGAAAUUGAAUAACCAGAGUAAGAACCUAGAGUAUCAAAUGUCACUAAUUUUAGGUACAGCAUAAAUGUAUAGCAGCAUCUUCCUUUGCCAGAGAGAGAAGCCUUUAGUGACUUCUCUGCAUCCUGAGUUGCUCUUCAAGUCUAUAAUCUUUUCUGACUGAUAUGACCAAACUUGUGUUCCUUAGUCUUAUCAAGCCACAAUCAUAGUAGCUACACCUAUAGCUAAGAUUUCAUAAAAGGAAAGAUAAGGAAAAACUGUUACCUCUAGCUGGAAUUAUGUAAUAUAUCUUGAAACUGAAUGAGUGAACAUUGUCCAAAGGUAGUAAUUUCAUUUUUUAUGUAAAAGUUGGUUGUGGUAUGUCACAUUUCUGCAUCCUGUUGAAAGGGGGAUUGGAUUUUUGGGUUUUGAUUAGGGGUUUUGGUUGUGUUUGUUUUUUUCCAAAAAAAAAUAGUAAAUGGAAUUUAAAUUAUUCUUUCUCAUAUUUAGAGUUGUGCUCUGAUUUUGGUUUUGAGUGAGCUGAUACAUGGAGCAAUUAUUUUAAAAAUAUUAGUUUGCUAAAUUAAAAAAAAAACCCACAACCCUAAACUGUGUAGUAGUAAUAUCUUGCAGAAGAUAUGAGAGUGCCUUUAAGUGAACUUUUCCUCUGUAACCUAAUUGGGCUACUUUAAAAGUCAUUCUUCAAAAAAAUCAUAGAAUCAUAGAAUGGUUUGGGUUGGAAGGGGCCUGUAAAAUGUGUUGAUACUUAUAAAAACCAAAAGGUAUCAUUGCAUAUAUUGGUAUUUGGUACAAAGUCUACUUUUCCAUGUGUUUUUUAUUAACAAGGUUACAAACUUGCUACUUGACUUUUUUUUUUCUGAAAUUUGAUUAUGCUUCUAAAAUUUGACAGGGCAGAAUAAAUUCAAUUAUGUGCCUGUAAAAAAAUGUAAACAUUUGAAAAGCUUUCAUUUGAUCAAGUUUAUUUUAAUAGAGUGAGCGUGUUUAGACUUUUGUCUUAUUUAUGCUGAGAAAAAAGCAGCUAUUUACAGACAUUCAAUACUCUUGAGUUACUGACAAUGUUUCUGGAAGCAGUUAUAGUGUCUGUACAUUAAUUGUUCUGCUGUUUUAAGUCAUAGAAUCACAGAAUGGUUUGGGUUGGAAGGGAUCUUAAAGAUCAAAGUCACAGAGCUACUAGAAAAUUCUUAGCUGUAAAACAGACUGAAAUCUUAAUGCUUGUUUUCCAUUUCAUGGUGAAUGUUAGUUACUUAAUUUACAGCUUGGACUUUUUACAUCUCUCUAUUCUGGGAGAUAAUCAAGCCAGCUUUUAUAAGCACUUAGCACUGCACUGUAAAAAGUUUUAAGUCUUUUUAUCACGGUUCCUUUAGGGAAGACAUACUUCUGUCACCAAAGCUACAUGCUGCUCUUAUAUACCUCUGGAAAUAUGUGCCAGUUAAUGACAAUUAAAACAGAUAAAUUUUAUGUUAAAAUAAAAUAGUUUUUCUACCUUUUUUAGAGCCAGAAAUUUAAGCUAGUGUUCAUAAUAGAAUCCUUAAAAUCUCAAAGUUUAUUUGAAAAUCUUUUACAAAUAUAGUAUUUUCUGAUCUAUAGUCUUAUUUAUGGAAGAAUGUAUUCAAAGCUUUUAAUCAACUCAUGUAUCGUAAAGCUUAAAUAAAAUCUAUGAAUUUCAUCUUGUUAGUAAACAUGACAGCUUACAAAAAUUUUAAGUAUUUAAGGAGAAAAUUCUGUAGCUCUUACUUAAGCAAAUCUGCCCAGCACCUCAAUUUUUCAAGUAUCUAAUGAUCUAACUGCCUCAAAUAUGUGCUUAUUGCCUUGUAGCAUGAAAACCUGUGUCAAAACUGUGAUGUUUUGACUUUAAUUUUGCUUGAGAUUUGGGGUCUCACUCUGCAUUCUGAAGUGCAGACAGAUUUUUCUACUCAUGCUGUCAUAAACAAAUCUGGUAAGCAUGGCCUCUAUCAUUGGCAGGUCGCAGUCUAGAUUCUGUGGGAAUCUGUAUGGUAUCAGAGCUGCUUUUGUUUGUAUAAAGGUCAGGAGUAGCACACACAAACUUGUUUUUUUGUGGCACAUCAUUCCAGUUCAUCCAUAUGCAAUUAUCCUUGGUUUGCAGUAUCCUUCCAAUGUAGUACAAAACAUCAUGAUCAUAGAAGGCACUGUGACUGACCCACUGAAGAUACUCAGCAGCUGUCCUUUAGACUUUUAUUCUCUUGACAUUUUGCAUGUUUGUUGAAAUACCAGCAAAUACUUUUUUUUCCCCUCCAACUUAAAUAAUUUCAGGGUAUAUAUAUGCUAAAUAUCAAAUGUGCAAGUGUGUUAAUGUUUAGUUUUAUAAAAUGGUAAGUACAUUAUUUUGGGAUCAAUUCAGGCUUCAGUAUUUUCCACUUAUAUCACUUUGAGAGUGAAAACACUAUUUGAGACUGCAGCACCUAACAAGAGAAAUAUUUCACAGAAGUCUACAAGCUGUAGUCGUGACAUACAUAAAUAGAGUGCCAGACCAAAACUGAAAUGUAAAGUUCCUCACUGUGACUUGAAACUUGUAGCUUUCUAGAGCAAAAAAAAACAUUGUGCCUUAAACCAGUAAGUGAAUAUAUUCUAAGUAUAGCCUGUGGACUUCUGUAGCCUUAUAAUUGAUUUUUGAAGUUGACUAAAAAUAUUUGUGUGGAUCAUACUGAUACUUGAUUUGGAGAAAAUACUUAAAAAAAAAUCUUGCCCCUUUUUACUACACUUACAGAAAUGAGGAUUUAUGAUAAGUACAGCAUAUUUAUGGUUUGGAAUCACACCAACCGAAGUCAGAAAGCUUUAGCUGACCUUAAUUUCUCAACUUAUUUUUAUUGUGAGAAAAAGAAAAAUAAGGAACAAAAACUUAACUCAGAUAUUUGCCUCAGCUUACAAGUCUGUGUAUCAAAUUAUAUUUUUCCCCUCAACUUCUUCAAAAUAAAAAAAUAAUGUAAUUGCAGUUUAAGCAAAAUGUUGUAUGUAAGCCAUUGUGUAUCAGUAUCUAUGCCACUAUGUGAAGAGGAAAACUAGAAGGUAGUUUCUAGGGGCAGGUGGAGUGGGGUCGAUUGGUUGUUUUAGAGGUCCAGAAGUUUGAAUCACAAAUGUAACUUCUUAGGGAACAUAUUCAUAUAUAAAACCCUGAAAAGUUUGGGAUAGCUUACAUAAUCUGUUCUUCUCAAUCUGUUAAAGAAAACCAGAAAUAAUCAAGAUCUUAAAAUCUUUCUUCGCUAUAGCAAAAGGUUUCCUUACAUAUGUUUUUAAUAUGAAGAGCAUGGGAAAAGCCACCACUGGCUUUCCUUGUGUCUCUGUAGGGUUCUUUGUAUGUUUGGAACACAAUCCCCAAAUUCUGACCUCCCCUCAGCCCCAUUAUUACUACUACAUAACACUGAAUCUCAAAGCUUUUAAUUGGACUGUGGAUAUCUAGAUAUGCAAACAAAAUGACUUCAUGUCAGCUUAUCAUAGUAACUGAAGUAAGAGAAAUAAAAAUUAUUAACCUUCUUUUAUUGAGAACUAACUUGUACUUGGAUGCCACAAUACUGCUGAUGCUGUGGCACAACAGAUAACAUGCAAUUUUUGUAUCUUUCCUGCUACUUCCUGUGUUAGUGUAGGAUUUUUACAACCCUCAUCUAAGUCACCUAACUUUCUUUUCUUUCUUUUGUGAUGGUGUUAUUUUAGCAAUCCUUGCCAUUGUUGAUUUCCUAGCUAUAUGAAUACUGUAGUAUUAAAAUGAUUGAGAUUUGACAAGGUAGAACUACCAUUAAAGACUUGAUAUAUGAUGAUUAGUCUUGAGAAAUUGUGUAGGCUACUAAUGUGAUUCUUUACUACCUUUUAAUUGUUUUUCCAAGCACAAAGAAAGAAUCAUGUUGGCCAAGUUACCUAUUUGGGGCAAUUGAGGGGAUGCUGUUUUUGUUAAGAGGACUUGAAACUUUGAAGAACAUAUGUCAUAUUUGGAAAAGGCUAUUGCUUCCCAAGCAACCUGUCCUACAUGUUUUUAACUCUUCCUCCGUUUUGAGUUUGUAUAUAAUUAGCCUGGUGGUUUAGGUGGAGCUAACUCUUCACAGUUACCAGUUUCUAAAGAUGUUGACAGAGUCUUAUAUAUAUAUAUAUGUUUGAAUAAUGCCAUAACAAAUUACCGUGUUUAUUAAAAUGAUUAUAACUGAGUUAUCGGGUAUGCAAUGUGUGAUAAGCUUAGGGCAAGUCCUUGUUUCAGGAGAUGCUGAGAAAACUUUAGAGAAUAGGUAUCUUCAGCUAAUGUUGAAAUUGCUGAAAGCUGAAAUCUCAGAAUGUUUAAAAACUGUACUUUAGAUAUUGGUAAUUUUUUGUUGAGGGCAACUUGAAUGGGAGCUACAGAGGGAUGGUUGGGUUUUCUUUGAUGGUUUCCCUGUCUACAGUGUAUGCUUGACUUUUUUGUCUUUUUUUUUUUUUUACCUGGGUGUGCAUGAUUAAGAGUACAUUGUACAGCAUAUGCUCUGCUAAAUGAACACUUCCGUAUUUUUUGUAUGGCGUUCUAACAUGGUUGCAUUAGUACAAAUGCUUGUAAUUCACAAAAAGUGCCACUUGCCAGUCAAACUCUGUAGAGUGUUGUGAAUGUUACCUGUACUUCUGUUGUACAAACAUGCUAAUUAGAGUUGUGAUGAACAUUUGCCUUUAGUCUUUGCUCAGGUACUCAUGUGGAGCAGUUUGGUGCUUUUCCUUCUAAUGUAAUAAAAA